AUUCGUUUCACUUCCCCUUGUAUCCUAGGAGUCUAUCCUAAACCAAGCCUGUCUGUUUGGCCCGGCCCUGCUGUGACCUCAGGAGAGACCAUAACCAUGCAGUGUAGCUCAUCGCUGGGAUUCGGCAGAUUUAUUCUGACCCAGGAAGGAAAGCACCACCACCAAUGGACCCUGGACUCACAGCAAAGUGCCAAUAGGGAGUUUCAAGCUCAUUUUGUUCUGGACCCUGUGACCAUCAUCCACAAUGGUACAUUCAGAUGCUAUGGCUGUUUUAGGAACCAUCCCCAGUUGUGGUCAAAAUCAAGUGACCCCCUUCACCUCUCUGGUCUCAGGUCCAAAUACCCAGAGUUAGAACCACCCACAAAACCAACAGGCUAUAGUCAAGUGCUUGAAGUUCAAAUCUCAUCUCUCCAUCUAUCUCUGGCAGAUUCCAAGGACCAGUCUCACAUCCACACUGAGAAUGAACCCACAGCCUCACAGCAUAAAAGUCACACAGUUGAAAAUCUCAUCCGAAUGAUCAUGGCUGCCUUGGUUCUAGUGACUCUAGUGAUUCUGCUGUUAGUAGCUUGGCACAGCAAGAAAAUGGAACAAGAUACAACCAGAAGAUAAACAAAAAAAGUGCACUAGGUUCCACACUUGAGCAGACCAAGGAAAAUAAAUCUGCUUAUCUCAUAGAAGAAAGGAAGAAUUGUUAAGAAAACUGAUGUAGAUUAAGAAACUUUACUCUUUGAGGGUCCAGGAAGCAAAUGUGUUCUGGGUGUAGGGAAUCCUGGGGAUUUCAUUCAAGAGCACUUUCUUCCUGAAUUGUACACUUUUCUCCACAUCUCAUUGUGGAGAAUUGCUUACUAGUUCCUCCAUUCUUCUUAUUUCCAUGUGCCAUGGGCCCUCACUUCCCUCACUUUCAAAUAACAUUUUCCUUUACAUUGCCAGAGCCAAUG